UUUUGUAGCUUUAUACAGCUGAUUUAAUUGGAUAACAAUAAUGCUGACGUUUACAUGUUUUAUUUUUAACUGAUCGACCCCUAAAUAAGUAACGACAAGUUGGUGCUGAAUACUUGGAUAGAAUUUAUAAAAAAAACUUGAAAAAUGAAACGAUUUUUCAUUGGACAACUUAUAAUUUCACCAAUUAAGCCUUAUUUAAAGAAGCGCUAAAAUAUACGGUAUUAUUCAUUUACAUUAUCAGUGACUGGAAAUAUAAUGGUUUCUUAAACGUGUUAAACAUCAAAUUGAUUUUUCGAAAUUCGAGACGGGCUUUGUCAAUUCAUUCUAAAUCACCUCUAGUUUACGUUCGUUAAACUUUACCUCAAGGCGAAAGAGGACUGAUUCUUUUAAUUAUAUAGCGUAAGCGAUAUUCAGUGGUAAAUAAUGCAAUUCAAAACAGUAUAUUUGAGUUUUGUAUUUUUGUUUUCCAUAGAAUAUUGUUCAGUGUUCGCGAUCAUUUCUACAAAUGCAACAUUUAAUGGAUACAGGAAAUGGGCACCUGUAAACAACUCAAGGGAUGACAUGUAUUGCCCUGAUCACUGUUACAACAAUCCUGAUGAAGACGAACGCUGUUGUUGUUGUGAAGCUGUCACGUGCUGGCAACUUGAUCCGACUGCAUGCAAUGUAACAAUUGGACAGCUGUAUGUUGAAUAUAAGGAUAUUUAUGGAUCAGCAUUGUUCAUUCCUUCAGGAAAUCAUACCUUAUACGAAGCUGUUCACAGAAAUGGUAGACUAACAAAAUUUCCUGAUAAUCUAUGUGACUUUGCUGACAGUCUUGUAACAUUGGAUCUUAGCUUUAACAGAAUCAAGGACAUAAGUUCCAUUACAUGUUUGAAAAAGUUGGAUACUCUCAGACUUGACUCCAAUAAAAUAACGGAACUCAGCAAUGAAACAUUCUCGGACAUGAAGUAUCUGAGGAUUGUGUCAAUGUCCAGAAAUUAUAUUGAAACACUUGAUCCUAAUACUAUUCAAAAGAAGAAUGGGAACAUUUUAGUGGCAAACUUUUCCUUCAAUAUCUUAGAAUCUAUAGAUAUCACAAAUAUUGUAAGACCGGGUCCAUUUUGCGAGAUUAACUAUGAGGGAUGCGAAAUUGCAACAGAGACAAACGUACUAAAUUACGUUAUGCACGAAAACAAUAUUCACGGUCCAGGAAAUAUCAUUUUACGCAACACAUCAACUGACUCGUUUCUUAACUUUAGUUCCCUUGGUGUGCAUGACUUUUCAAAGCUUGGAUUUUAUUUCAAAGGUCAAUUUGAUUUCGACGACAGUGACAUUGCCUGUGAUUGCAAAAUAUAUCCGGUUUUAGCUGAUUUGGGUAAAGAUGCAGCUAGAUAUUGGCCAAGAUUAGAUAUUGAUAAUAUAACAUGCAGAACUCCAGAACACAUGAAAGGUAGAAAUCUGAACAGCAUUUAUAAAACACAAUCAUUUGGGGACUUGACAUGUGACCUUCCGAACUGUCCGAAAGGUUGUACUUGUACCGAUACACCAAUAGAUGACGAAAUCAAAGUUGUGUGCAAGGGUUUAACAAGUAUGCCGGAUUUUACACCAGUGGGAUAUUGGAAUAAUGAUAGAGUUAACUUAGAUUGCAGUGAUCCUAGUAAUGAAAUAUCCCAUUUUCCUAACAAGGAGUACAUGAGCAGACUAGUUAGCAUGAACUUGAAUGGAAAUGAUAUACGGACAAUUGAUAAUAGUGCUGCAGAAAAUAUUGGUGAAGGUGUUCACAUUGAUAUAAGUGGUCAAUUAUUGAAGUAUUUACCUGACUCUUUCCGUAAAUUGAAUCCAAAUAGAAUAAUAUUUGGUACAAAUCCAGUGGAAUGUAACUGCGACAAUGUAUGGAUAGGAGAUUGGGUCAGAAAUAACCGUGCACAUGGAAAUCUGAAAUGUUCCACAAGUAAAGGUUUGGUUCCAGCUGAAGAUAUUUCCUCAGACUUUCUAGAUUGUCUUGCAACGGUGACAGUUCCUUAUUUUGUUCCGGUUCUUCUUGGUUUGGUAUUUCUUUUAUUGUUUACAUUUAUUGUGUUAUCGUAUUAUUUUAGAUAUGAGAUUCUGCUCUUGAAACGAAAACUUUUCGAUAAAAAAGCAAAACCUGACGACUUUGAAUACGAUGCAAUGUUCUCAUUUUCUGAAGACAAUAUGGAGGUUUUCCGCUGGAUUGAACGUGGGAUCAUGCCUGCACUUCGCAGAGAAGGGUACUCGGUUUUUGUUCCGUUUUACGAUAUCUCGUUUGGCAGUAAAAAAGAGGACCAUCUUACUGAGGGCAUAAAUAAGAGCAGAAACUAUGUGGUAUUUCUCUGUAGCAAAUAUCUUUGCGAUGAAAGCUCUGUUCAAGAAUUUGAAAUAUUAUGGAAACAGUUCUAUUCGAACGCUUCUAAGAACAUUAUUGUUGUAAAUUUUGACAAUUUCUCAAGUUCAGAAAUUAAGAAUAAGCAAUUAAGUGCUUUCAGAAGAAUUGAAGACGAUGUUAAUUUCAUAGACAGAGAAAUAAAAAUUUUAGAGCGCAUGAAGCAACGUAUUGGUCCUCCGCGAAGCAAACCUUUGAAUGUCAUUGUAACUGUUGAUGAGUUUCAGACAAGUUCCAAAGAUGCCUGUGAGAUAAAGAAUGAUAUAGUUGAUAAAGAAAUGAAAACUGUACAACCCAAAACGGUGCACGAACGUCUUGCGCAACCGAAAAAGACUACAUGUAAUUGCCGAUACAGGAAAUGCUAUUUAUGCGCAACGGAUAUGAACAGUGAUGGGAAGUUAAGAAAUAGUACUUUAUCAGUAGGAAUAACAAGACAUAGAUGCUUUGGAAAAAAAACAUAUCCUAUGAACUAAAACCAAAUGCUCUAAGAAAGACAGAGGCACUACGUGUUUUGUACCAGCUUGUUUUUAAGGCAUCUUUCAAUUCGAAUUAUCACAAAUACAAAUACAAAUUAAUCAUGCAACGUUUUUGUUCAUCUUAAGUCUUUUGUUAAAUGCAUUCAAAGAAAACUGCUUUUAUUUUAUUUGUAUUGUUUAAAUAUUGUGUUAUUUUUUUUUUACUUUAAUGGUAUAAAGCCAU